AUGGUGGCCGCCGCCCCCGCUGCCGCCGCGGCGAUGAGGAAAAGCUUCCUGGUGCCCGAGAUCAAGCCCCUGGAUCAGUAUGACUUCCCCCGGGCGCGCAGCGCCGCCAGCCUGGCCUGGGCGCUGGCCAAGGGCUACGGGGGCGCAGAGAACGUGCCGGAGGAGCUGCGCGACCCCUUCUACACAGACCAGUAUGAGCAGGAGCACAUCAAGCCGCCCGUGACACGCCUGCUGCUCUCCUCAGACAUUUACUGCCGGGCCUGCCGCCAGGUGCUGCCCCCUGACGAUGCGGCUGCGCCCGCCCCCAAGGACAACGCUGCCCUGCUGGCGCUGCUGGGGCACCGUGGCUUGGCCCCCACCUACCAGGACAAGGCCGUCAAGGAGGCCGACCUGCGCCAGAAACCCAUCAAGAUGGGUGCACACCUGGCAGUGAUCGACUCCCUGAUGAUAGCCUUUGCUGUGGAAUCCACCCUCUCACUGAGUGCCCCCCCUGGCACCGACCUUGGCGCCAGCUCCUGGGAGCAGAAGCUCCUCUGCUGGGUGGACACGGUGAACCGCAAGCUGCAGGAGAGCACAGAGCGUGAGGGCUCGCAGCAGCCAGCGCCUGGCACAGAGGGCCAGGGCCAGUCCCCAGCAAGCGGCCCCAAGUGUCCCACCAGGUGGUACUGGAAACUGGUUCCUCAUGCCAUCGCUUUUUGUUUGAAGGAGUCGGGGAGUAAACCUCCUGUGAUCCGGUACCGGAAGGACAAGGUGCUGCCCAAACAGACACCCUGCUUCACACCCGUCAUGGGCAUGAAGGACUUGGCCAACGGGGGUGCCAUCGCCGCCACCAUCCACUAUUACUGCCCUGAUGUGGUGCGUCUGGAGGACGUGUGCCUGAAGGAGACCAUGUCGGUGGCCGACAGCCUCUACAACCUGCAGCUCAUCCAGGACUUCUGCACUGAGUACCUGGGCAGCUGCUGCCCCCUGGCACUGGAGGACCUGCUCUAUGUGCCCCCAGUGCUGAGGAUCAACAUUGGGGUGUUCCUGGCUGAGCUCUUCCUGUGCUUCGAGGUGCUCAAGCCGGACUUUGUGCGCCCCAAGGAGCUGAGGGGACUCAAAGAUCCGCCUUCAAUGAGCGACUCCCUGACGCCCAGCAGUGGGAACAGCAAUAGUGGUUCCCCGGUGUUCAGCUUCCUACACCCGCUCCUGCCAGGCGGGCAGCCGCAGUCCCCGCUCAGAGGCUCGCUAGGUUCCAUGCACCACUCUACCUCAAUGUCCCAUGUGGAGGGCGGAUUUGGCAAACCCUGGAGCAAGAAACAGCUGAGCCAUCCGCUGUCGCAGGCCGUGUCAUUUAGCAUCCCCUUUGGGCUGGACAGUGACGUGGACAUCGUGAUGGGGAACCCCGUGGGCAUGCUGCGCUCCAUCAGCUCAGACAGCUUGGCACCUGUGCCCACCCGCUUGGCCCGCUCCCCUGGCCGCCCCCCCGUGGAGAACGGGCUGGCGGACGGGUACCCCGACCUGCCCACCAUUGAGGAGGCCCUGCAGAUCAUCCACAGCAGCGAGCGCCUGCACCCCGAGGGGGCGGCCGACGGCUUCUACCUGCAUUCGCCAGAGCCAACCAAGCCCACCCAGGCGCCCGAGCCCACGCCAGCACUGGCUGUCUACCGCUUCCACAGCGGGCCCCCCAACGGGCGUGCUGAGGGCCCCACCCCCCCUGGGGACGGCAGCUUGGACUCGGACGCUGAGGACCCUGCCCGCCUGCCUGGCACCAAGGACGACACCUCCUCGGGCCUGAGCUCGCUGAGCUCCCAGCCCGACAGCGCAGGCUCCUCAGGCGCUGGCGUGCGCAUGACCAGCUUCGCCGAGCGCAAGAAGAAGCUGGUGGCCCCCGAGGGCAAGGCCUUGCAGAAGAGCACCGGUGAGAGCUCGGAGGCAGGCGCCGUGCCCCCUGAGGACAGUCCUGGCCGCAGCCCUGCCCUGAGCUCCGAGAUGAGCCAGCUGGGUGCCCGGCUGGAGGAGAAGCGACGCGCCAUUGAGGCGCAGAAGAAGCGCAUCGAGGCCAUCUUUGCCAAGCACCGCCAGCGUCUGGGCAAGAGCGCCUUCCUGCAGCUCAAACGCAGGGAGGGGGGAGAGGAGGAGGAGGAGGAGGGGGAGGCCAAGCUGUCGCUGGAGGAGCGGCUGGCCCGGCUGGAGGCAGAGGAGGACGGGGGCAGCCUGCAGGUGCAGGCUGAGGAGGAUGGGCCAAGCCAGGGCCGCCUGGAGAAGCAGGUGACGUUCUCGCCAGAGAUCAAGGGGGCCCCACUGGAUGAGAACCUGGGCGAUUACAACCGGGCCGUGGCCAAGCUGAACACGGCGCUGAGCUCCCUGCAGCUGGACAUGCACCGCCUGAGCCAGCAGCAGCAGCGCCUGCUCCAGGAGAAGAAGCCCAGCCAGGCCUGGGUCAUCCCGGCCCCCAAGGGCCCCGCCCCACGGGCCAGCCGGGAAUUCGUGCCACCCCGCUCCGUGGAGCUCUCGUCCUCUUCGCCCUCGCCUUCCCCCUCCCGUAAGCCCCCCGUCCCCACUGCGCCCCGCUCGCCCCAGCCAGCCCCCAAGAAGGCUGCCCCCACGCCCCCCAAGAGUCCCAAGCAUGCCCGGCCUGUGGAGCUGAAGCUGCCUCCCCUGACGCGGGUGCUGACGCCCCCCCACAACGUGGACACCCUGCCCCACCUGCGCAAGUUCUCGCCCAGCCAGGUGCCCAUGCAGACCCGUUCCUCCAUCCACUUCUCGGAGGAGGUAGCUGGGCCGGAGCAGACACUUGAGUCCCCUGACCUCAUUGAGAUCCCACUGUCCAGCCUCCAGGCUGAGGAGGGUGACGGGGAUGACUCGCUGGAGGAGUCGCUGACCGAGGUGAUGGAUGCAGAGCCACGGGCUGGCCUGGGAUUCUUCUUCAAGGAUGACGAGAAGCCGGAGGACGAGAUGGCCCAGAAACGGGCCAGCCUGCUGGAGCGCCAGCAGCGGCGCAAUGAGGAGGCGCGGCAGCGCAAGCAGUGGCUGGAGGCUGAGAAGGAGCAGAAGGAGGAGGCAGCCAGGUGGGCAGGGGGGAGGAGCCCUACAGCAGGGCUGGCUGGGGGGGCUUUGGGGCAGAGCCCAGCCCCUCAUGGCCAUACUCCCUGUGCCAGGCUGCAGACAGAGGAGCGCCCACGGCCGGAGGAGGAAGCAAGCCCACGGCGCGGUGACUUCACACGCCAGGAGUACCUGCGGCGCCACCAGCUGAAGCUCAUGGAGGACCUGGACAAGGUGCUGCGACAGAAGCCAACCACGGUGCGCGCCCUCAAGAAGGGACGGCCCAAGACGGUGUUCUGUGACGACUCGGCCCUGGCCCGCAGCCCGGUCAAGGGGCUCCUCGGAUCCAGGCUCAGCAAGGUGUACUCCCAGUCGACCCUGUCCCUCUCCACCGUGGCCAACGACCCUGGGACCUCGCUGACUGUCAAGAGACCCUCCAGAGCCGCCUCCCCCUCAGGCCUGAUGUCCCCCAGCCGGCUGCUGGGCAGCCAGAGCCGUGAGCGGGACUGGGAGAAUGCAUCUACUGCCUCGUCGCCUGCCUCUGUGCCUGAGUACACAGGGCCCAAGCUGUAUAAAGAGCCGAGCGCCAAGUCCAACAAGCACAUCAUCCACAAUGCGCUGUCACACUGCUGCCUGGCUGGCCGCGUCAACGAGCCCCACAAGAACAAGAUCCUGGAGGAGAUGGAAAGGAGCAAGGCCCAUCACUUCCUGAUCCUGUUCCGAGACUCCAGCUGCCAGUUCCGGGCGCUCUACACACCGGCAGGGGAGACAGAGGAGCUGACGCGCUUGACGGGCUAUGGUCCCCGCACCAUCAGCCAGGCCAUGAUCGAGGGCAUCUACAAGUACAACUCGGACCGCAAGCGCUUCACCCAGAUCCCUGCCAAGACCAUGUCCAUGAGUGUCGAUGCCAUCACCAUCCAGGGCCACCUCUGGCAGACCAAGAAGCCAGGCACUCCUAAGAAGCCAGGCACCCCUAAAUAACCUCUCCUGGCCUCUCUGAGCUGAGCUAAUCCUUCACACAGCUGCUGCUGCUGCAGGACCCCUCUGCCCCGGCUGUGUGCCCAGGCAGGGCCCAGCAAGGCGGGGGAAAGGCUUAUCCUGGGAACUGCCAAAUACACUAAUAAACUAUGGGGUCAAAGGGCACAGGGGAGAGAACUGACUUGGUAAGGCCUGGCCCUGCCCCCAACCUAUGCUGAGGGGAGGGGCUAG